AUGGCGACGAGUCUCGUCGAUAUCAAUUUUGAUAAUGGUUCAUUAUUAAACAAUUAUAGUCAUUUCAUGAAAUCUCCCUUUACAUCGAUUUCAUCAACAAGUUUUUCAUCAACAAGUUUUUCAUCAACAAGUUUUCCAACAACAAAUAAGCCAGUUUCGAACGAGCCAUACAUUCUGAAUAUUGAAAGUACGGCAGAGUAUUACGUGAAUCAGUACAAAGAAAGUUAUGAAAAUUACUUGGAAUUAUCCAAAGAUGUUAUAAACAAGGAAAAUAAUCAGGUCAUGUUGGAUAGAAUUCCAGCAAAGACAAAAUCAGACAGAUGGAGUAAAAUAAAAGCGAGCUUACAAGAGAAGGCGGAGAAUCGUAAUCUAGGAAGGGUAGGAGAGAAAAUUCGAUUCAGGAGAGAGGUGCAAGAAGAGCAAAUAUGGAAGAAACAGCAUGAAGUCUGGACAAAUUCUCGAGAAUAUUGGAUUGGCGAGAUAAUUAGACAGUGUGAAAUUUCUGAAAAUGAAGGAGAUCCUCGAGGAGGUGAAACUAAAAAGCGACAAAAGAUGAUCAAAAAACUCAACAAAAAUUGGAAAAAAGUCGAGUGGGAAAAUGUUAGAAAGACAAAAUAUGGCGAAAUCGAUUUGAAUUGGUAUAAUAUGUUGUCGCCCCAAAGUCAAUUUAAUAUAGAUUAUGAAUCACCAAAGAAAGUUCGAUUGGAAUUCUGUAGAUCCCUUUGGCGAUCUUCGCAAGUUUUUCGUUUAAUAGAAACGAACUUCGGGCGAUGGAGUUAUGAACAAGCAUAUAGAAUUACUCUCGAAAGAGAAAGUUUCUUUAAAAAAUGCUGGAGUGAAGUGAAGAACGAUCCCGACAUUACUUUAUUGGCGUGUGCAUGGGAGAAAGAACAGCAGAUGGGACAAGAGAAUAAAGAUAUACAAGAUUCCACUUUGCGAAAGUUGAUAAAAUAUCGAGCUGAACAUGAAACUCCGUCUAAAAUCAAACCAGAAUUGGUACAGAGCAUAUGGCGUCAUGUCGAAAUGAAUAAAAUUCGCGAUAAUGGAGGUGAAAGUAUUUCGUUUAAGCGAGCAUAUGAAUUAGCAUUAAGACGUGAGAACGAACUAAAAAUCAAGUGGCUAAAAGUUUGGAAUAAUCCGAUAUGUGUUGAACUCUGUGAAUUAUGGGAACGCGAAGAGGAAUUAUUAAAACAAGCAACAAAAGAGCCCUCCAAGAAAAACACAAGUCAGCCUUUGUUCUCUUUCAAAGGAUCCAUAGAAACACAAAAUACGCAGUUGUCGACAACAAUAGCUCAAGAUCCUGAAAAGGACACGAUAGAUGAAAAACAGCAAGAACUCGACCUUAGUUUUGGGUUGUCCAAGUUAUUCUUCAAAUGCACUUCGAAUAAUAACUGA